GAGUUCAAAGCUCACUGUAUUCUGGUGUGAGACGUAGCUAAUAAUAUCGAAUUUUCUGCUCAUUUUUAUUUAAAUCUUUAGUAAAAUGGAUUGCUUUCAAAAGUUUUACGUAGGUAAUCUUCCUGUUAAAGCUUCAAGGGACAGCCUAUCAAAAUACCUAGGUUUACAUGCAACACCAUAUCUAAGGUCCUCCAGCUGGGUAGAACUGCCCCAAGAUCAGUCAGGAAAACCGAUGGGGUUYGCUUAUGUUAGUGUACCUCACCACAUGGCAAACCACCUAAUCCAACUCAACAACACUAAAUUCCAGGAUAGACGUAUCACYAUCCAACUUAUACAUGGUAGAGGACGACCCCAACCCUUUCGCCCAUUAGAGCAAUCAUCUAACUAUGCUAUGCAGUCAUGGGUGGGUCCACGCAACAGACGAUAUGGUGGUCAGCCUAUAUCCUAUGAAAUGGUUGAUAUUCCAUCAGAUAAGAAAGUUCCUCUAAUUGAUGUUGCUGUCAAUUUAGCAAAUAAAAUUUUCUCUCURGAUUUAGACUUUGUUCUUGAUCGAGCUAUCAAUGCUGGUGUUCAAAAGAUGAUACUGACUGCCAAUACCCUUCAGAUGUCAGACAAAUCUGUUAUGCUGGCCAAUCARCAUCCUGGUUAUUUGUUUGCUAGUGUUGGCAUCCAUCCACACUUUGUUGAAAAGCAGUGGAAUACAAAGAAUAUUGAUAUUAUCAAGAGACUUGUAGCACURCCUGAAGUGGUGGCAAUUGGUGAAGUUGGCUUGGAUUUCCACAGAUAUUAUUCCAAAGAAGCUAUCCAGAUAGAAGCCUUUGAAAAACAGGUGGAGCUGGCAUGUGAACACCAGAAGCCUCUAYUGGCACACGAGAGAAACUCACAUGAGAAGUUUAUUGAAGUACUCAAGAAAUUCCGAGGUCGUCUUCCACCCAUUGUUGUGCACUGCUUUACAGGGACAAAGGCAGAGAUGGAUACUUACAUUGCCAUGGGCUUUUAUAUUGGUAUCACUGGAUUCAUUUGCAAAGAAAAAGCAGGCAAGCAGCUAAGAGAAGCUCUCAAGGAUUGCCCUCUUGACAGAAUCUUACUGGAAAGUGGUGCUCCAUACAUGAUUCCUAAUGCUCCUAUCACUAGUCUUGAUAGUGUUGGUAGAUCACUCCUAGGAAAGUGCCAACCAAGCAGAAAUGAACCAUGCACUCUUCCAGUUGUUGCUCAAAUGGUUGCCAAGGUAAUGGAUAUCACAGUGGAGGAGGUUGCUAAGGCAGCAGUGAAAAACAGCAAGCGUGUCUUCAACCUUUCACACAGUACAGAUGAAACCACUCUUCCCUUAUAGUCACACCAACCUGCAGGUGUUUUGACACUUACUAAAAGAUAUUAUUAUGUCCAGACAAUAUUAUUGUUCACUGAUCCUAAAAGGAAAUAGGAUCAAGUGCUUUCUGAUAUUAAGUGAUUAAUGUUAUGGAUUUUCUAAGUUUAUGACAAAGUGGCAUCUAAGUGAUUGUUUUACAUUAAGUUUUGAAAGGUUGUCAUUUAGUUGAUUAAGUAAGUAUUGAGCAGGUACUGAGUUGUUUUGUUUGGAAAGUUUGUGGUGUACUUUGUUUAAUCAAAAAGCUCUAUUAAAAAUUCUAGUGAUGUAAAUUUAUAAGCAGUUAAAUUUAUAGGUAUUGGAUGCCAAAAUUAUACUUGUUGAGGUUGUUUAUGAGAAAGUUACAGAAAGUUGGGUAUUAUUAUUACUGUAACUGAUUAAUAUUGAAGUCAUAUAUAUUUCAAAAUGUGUACUUAAUAUAASAAAUACUUAUUGUAAUCUAUUAUUAUCAACAUAGUUUGUUACACAUCAACAUUUGUGACAAUUAUAACAGAAAAUUUCCAAUUAAACCAUGUUAUUCCAUUA